AUGCCUGCAUAUCAUUCUACCUUCAUAGGAGAAGAAACACAAGACUCAAGAACAAUAGGGAAUUUAUCAUUAUUACCAUUAAAUACAAAAUAUAGAGGACCAGCAUAUGAAACAACAGAUUAUGAUAUAAUUGAAGAAACUCUUGAUUUAUUUAGAGCAAAUUCAUUUUUUAAAAAUUUUGAAAUAAAGGGAAAUGCAGAUAGAUUAUUAAUUUAUGGAAUAUUAUUUAUAAGUGAUUGUUUAAGUAAAAUAAAUUCUAGGAUGUCACAUAAAGAAUCCACCAAAGUUUUAAAUAAUUUAAGUCUUGAUAAUUUUGCAUUACCUGGUGAUAUAAAUUUUCCAUUAAAUUCAUUAUAUUUACCUCCAAAAACCAAGAAUGAAGCAGAUUUAUUAAGACAAUAUUUAACACAAUUUAGACAAGAAUUAGCUGAAAGAUUAUUAAAUAGAAUUUAUAAAGAUGAUCCAUCCGUACCAAGUAAAUAUUGGUUAUCAUUUACAAAAAGAAAAUUUAUGAAUAAAAGUUUAUAA